UUGAACUGGGAAAGAAGGAAGGUGCAUAAUGUAUUGUUGGAGCAAGUGGAAAGAAAGCAAUUGGAGGUGAACUAGAAGGUGGUUAUUAUAUUGAGCCAACGAUAUUCAAAGAAGACAAUAAGAUGAGAAUCUUCCAAGAAAAGAUAUUUGAACGAGUAUUGAGUGUAACAACAUUCCGUACGGAGGAGGAAGCUAUUCAAAUUGCCAACGAUACUUCUUAUGGUUUAGGUGCUGGACUAUGGACUCGAGAUAUUAUGAAAGCUUAUCGAGUAUCGCGAGCAAUCAAAGCUGGUCGUGUUUGGGUCAACUGCUAUCAUGAAUAUCCUUCUCAUGCAGCAUUUGGAGGUUAUAAAAAGUCUGGAUUCGGUCGCGAAUGUCACAAGUUGACUCUGGAACACUAUCAACAGUUGAAGAAUAUCAUCAUUAGCUACUCGCCUCAGCCUACUGGUUUAUUUUAAUUGAGAGAGGAAAUGUGAGAUCUUGUUGCCUUGCCCUUCUUAUGCCGUAGUUGUUGUUUGAUGGGAAUGUUUCAUUUGCUUGUUAUAAACCUUGAUGUGUAUCGUGGCUUCUUUUGUCGAAAUCUGUUUGUUAAAAUUUUUUUCCUCAUACAAUGUUCCUAUUUCAAUAGAGUGAAACUAGAGUAGGAUGUGACAUUGCACACACUGCAUUGGUUCUAAAAUAGAAGGGAAUCGCAAAAAACUCACAGACUUGUGUAGAAAAUCCUUGUUGACACAAGGUCUGAGAAUGAACUUAUCCAUGGUUAAUAAUGUCGAAAUGGGAGUGCUUUUGGCACAUUUGUCUUAACCACUCUUUAGUCUCGCUUGAUGGUGUUGGUUAUUUCUUCUGAAUAUGUUUCAGAGACUUGUGGUCUUCAAGUCUUUGUUUCACUGUCAUAUUGCCAUUGCCUCUUAUGAACUAUUCCUCUGCUUACAGUUGAAGCACUUCCAGGAGUUGUCCAAAGAAUCAGACAAAAAAAGAAUUCGAUAGCUGGAUAUAGCAACAAAUCUACAAAAGUUUUUACGUAAGGCUAUGGAUACAAAAGAUCUUAUACGUUUACUAAGAAAUCACUGUUCUUAGAA